AUGACUCCCGACGAGCUCCGUGAGAAGUACCCGAAGUUCUUCGGUACCAUGGCCUACCCGUACAUGAAUGGUACCCUCCAUGCCGGUCACAGUUUCACAGCCAGUAAGGUCGAGUUUAUGGCUGCCACCGCCCGUAUGGAGGGAAAGAGAGCCCUUUUCCCUCUUGGUUUCCACUGCACCGGUAUGCCCAUCAAAGCUUGUGCUGAUAAGCUUGCCGAUGAGGUUAAGAAGUUCGGAAAGAACUUUGAAGGCUACAAGGAUGAGGACGAGGAGACGGCUGCCGUCGCCGCCCCAACCCAGGAGGUUAAGGCCGAGCAACAGGAGAAGUUCUCCGGAAAGAAAAGCAAGGCCGCCGCUAAGACUGUGAAGAUGAAGUACCAGUUCCAGAUCAUGCUGGCCAUCGGUAUCCCCAUUGAAGAGAUUCACAAGUUCGCGGAUGCCUCAUACUGGCUCCAGCACUUCCCGCCUCUUGCCAUCCGUGACCUCGACAGCCUGGGUGCCGGUAUCGACUGGCGCCGACAGAUGGUUACCACUGACGCCAACCCUUACUACGACGCUUUUGUGCGCUGGCAAAUGAACCGUUUAUAUGAGCUCGGCAAGAUCCAGUAUGGUAAUCGUUACACAAUUUACUCACCCAAAGACGGCCAGCCUUGCAUGGAUCACGACCGAACCGAGGGCGAAGGCAUUGGACCCCAGGAGUACACGGCUAUGAAGCUGAAGGUUAAGGAGUGGGCACCUAAGAUUGCAGAACUCGUCAAAGGCAAGAUUGAGGAUGACGCCGAUGUUUACUUCAUUCCCGCUACCCUGCGUCCGGAGACCAUGUACGGUCAAAACUGCUGCUUCCUCGGCCCGAAGAUCGAAUACGGAAUUUUCAGGGUCAAGGAGAAGCAGUACUAUAUCUGCACCAAGCGGGGUGCUUGGAACAUGGCUUUCCAGGGCACCUUCUUUGACAGCGAGCACUUCCCCAAGACUCAGGACGAACUGCCCACCGUUCUGACUGCUCCGGGAUCGGCAUUCGUCGGUACACUCGUCGACGCACCUCUGUCAUUCCACAAGGAUGGUGUGCGCAUCCUUCCUAUGGAGGGUGUUUCUGCUACCAAGGGUACUGGUGUCGUCACUUGUGUGCCCUCAGACUCCCCUGACGACUAUGCCACUUUGCUCGACCUUGCUAAGAAGCCCGAAUACUACGGCAUCCAGAAGGAGUGGGCUGAGUUGGAAAUAUUCCCUCUCAUUGAAACACCUACGUACGGUAACCUCACCGCACCAGCGCUUGUGAAGAAGCUCAAGAUCAACUCCCCCAAGGACGUCAACCAGCUCGCCCAGGCCAAGGAACUGGCCUAUGGAGAAGCCUUUUACAAGGGCACGAUGAUUGUUGGAGAGUUCAAGGGCGAGCCAGUAAGCGCUGCCAAGGACAAGAUUCGCAAGGCCCUCUACGACAGCGGUGAUGCUUUCCCCUUCGCUGACCCCAUGGGCAAGGUUGUCAGCCGAAGUGGGGACGACUGUGUCGUUGCGUACCUUGGCCAAUGGUUCCUGAACUAUGGUGAGAACGAUGCCAAGUGGCAGAAAGACACCCUUGACCACGUUGUGAACACCCUCAACACAUACUCCAACGAGACAAAGAACGGGUUCGAGAAGAAUCUCUCUUGGCUCAACCGCUGGGCUUGCGCUAGAACAUACGGCCUCGGCUCAAAACUCCCGUGGGACCCGCAGUUCCUUGUUGAGAGUCUGAGUGACAGUACCGUCUACAUGGCCUAUUACACCAUUGCCCAUCUUUUGCACGGUGACCGUUACGGUAAGACGACAGGUAAGCUCAACAUCAAGGCAGAGCAAAUGAUCGACGAGGUUUGGGACUAUGUGUUCUGCCGACGUGAGAUCAGCGAUGAGCUCAUCUCGAAGAGCGGUCUUAGCAAGGACGCUCUCCAGGCUAUGCGAAGAGAAUUCGAAUACUGGUAUCCCAUGGACGUCCGAGUGUCUGGAAAGGAUCUCAUUCAGAACCACUUGACCUUCUUCCUUUAUAUCCACGUAGCUCUCUUCCCACCGCAAUACUGGCCUCGCGGUGUCCGUGCCAACGGACACUUGCUCUUGAACGGUGAUAAGAUGAGCAAGAGCACCGGAAACUUCUUGACCCUGAAAGACUCCGUUGACAAAUUCGGUGCUGAUGCUACUCGCAUUGCCUUCGCCGACGCCGGUGAUGGAAUCGAAGACGCCAACUUUGAGGAGAGCGUUGCCAACAGCAACAUUCUUCGUCUCUUUACUUUGAAGGAGUGGAUUGAGGAGGUUGUCAAGGAUGAGAGUUUGCGAACAGGACCCGCAGACCACUUCUGGGACAAGGUUUUCGACAACGAGAUAAACACCCUGGUUCGUGAAGGCAAGAAGAACUACCAAGACACCAACUUCAAGCUCGCUCUUAAGUCCAGUCUGUAUGACUUGGUUGGUGCCCGUGAUGCCUACCGUGAGGCUUGCAUCUCCGCAGGCAUCGGCAUGCACCGCGAUGUGGUCUUGCGCUAUAUCGAGCUCCAGGCGCUCAUGAUGUCCCCCAUUGCACCUCACUGGUCAGAGUACAUCUGGCUCGAAAUUCUGAAGAAGCCCGAUACUAUCCAUCGCGCUCUAUUCCCUGAGGUUGCAGAGCCCUCACCUGAACUCUCAGCAGCUACCAGCUAUGUUCGCGCGACCGCCUCCAGCAUCCUGUCCGCCGAAGCCAACUUCGUCAAAAAGCUCGCCAAGGGCAAGUCUGCACACUUCGACCCUCGCAAGCCCAAGAAGAUUACCAUCUUUGCUGCGAAGAAGUUCCCUUCAUGGCAGGAGAAGUACAUCGACCUUGUCCGUGAAGCCUUUGACGCUGUCUCCCUCACCAUUAACGACAAGGAGCUAAACGCCAAGGUCGGCAAGCUUGGUGAGAUGAAGAAGGCCAUGCCCUUUGUUCAGGGUCUCAAGAAGCGUCUGAUCAGCACCAAGGAGGCUCCCGAGAUCGUCUUUGAGCGAAAACUACCGUUUGACGAGUUCGGUGUCCUCAAGGAGAUGACGGUUAACCUGAAGAAGACAACAGGAGCCAAGGAGAUUGAGAUUGUUGCUGUUGAUGAGGGUGGCAAGACCGGGGAGGUUCUGGGCUCCGGUGAGAAGAGAGAAGGUCUGCAGGCUGAGAAUGCUGUUCCCGGUCAGCCGACGUUCCUGUUUGCCAACAUUGAAUAAAUGAUAUAAAUCUAGAAUACAGAUUACAAUUAAGCGCAAUUAAAAGACAUUA